CCACUCGCACUCUCUGUCAGAGCGCGGCGUUGACAGCCACUGAUCAGCCCACUUUGUCGGGUUUGUGUCUCCAUGCGAGUCUGCUGAAGGAGAAGCUCUGACUCCCACAAUUUCUUACUUGCAAAGCGAGCCUUACGCAGCCGAAUUGUGAGCUUUGCGCAGCAGCAAUAGCCUCUACAAGUGAGAAACCUCCAAGUAGUCAUUUCCUAGAAUAACCACCGUCUCACGAUGUCUGGAGAGGACGCACCUGCCCAGCAGCAAAACGCCGUGGACCAGAAGCAGGAGACCAAACCCGCAGAGGAGCCCAAAGCCGAACCGCCCAAGACGGAGUCCGCGCCCGCCGGCACCGCUGAGGCAGCGGCCACCCCGGCGGCGACAACCGACAAAGCCCCGGAGGAGGAGACGUUCACCUACCGCGCGCUGGUGCUCACCGGCUACGGAGGUUAUGAUAAAGUUAAGCUGCAAGUUAAAAAGGGCAAACCGGCGCUCAAAGCCGGAGAGGUUCUGGUUCGGGUCAAGGCUUGCGGGCUGAACUUCGCCGAUUUGAUGGCCAGACAGGGUCUGUACGACCGGCUGCCGUCGCCGCCGGUCACCCCGGGAAUGGAGUGCUCCGGGGUGGUGGAAGCUGUGGGGGAUGAAGUCACAGACAGAAAAGUGGGCGAUAAAGUGAUGGUGCUGAACCGCUAUGGGCUGUGGCAGGAGGUGGCGGCGGUGCCGGCCAGCCACACCUUCCUCAUCCCAGACGGCAUGACUUUUGAAGAGGCCGCAGCCCUCCCGGUCAACUACAUCACCGCCUACAUGAUGCUCUUCGACUUUGGCAACCUGCGGCCCAACCAGAGCGUGCUCGUCCACUCCGCUGCAGGUGGAGUGGGGAUUGCGGCCACUCAGCUGUGCAAGACGGUGAAGGACGUGACCGUGUUCGGCACCGCGUCCGCCAGCAAACACGAGACCAUCAGCUCGGGCGGCGUCACGCACCCCAUCGACUAUCGCACCAAGGACUACGUGGAGGAGGUCCGCAAGAUCAGUCCAAAAGGUCUGGACAUCAUACUGGACCCUCUUGGAGGAUCUGACACCCAUAAGGCCUACAACCUCCUAAAGCCCAUGGGGAAACUUAUCACCUAUGGAGCGGCCAACAUGCUGGCGGGCCAGAAGAAGAACCUUCUCGCUGUGGCCAAGAACUGGUACCACCAGUUCUCCAUCCACACUCUCAGCCUGAUCCAGGGGAACAAGUCGGUGUGCGGCUUUCAUCUAGGCUACCUGGACGGGGAAACCGAGCUCAUCACCCAAGCGAUGAACACCAUCUUAGAUCUGUACAAGCAGGGGAAGGUCAAGCCCCGCAUCGACUCCACCUGGCACCUCGAACAGGUUGGGGAUGCCAUGAGAAAAAUGCAGGAGAGGAACAACAUCGGCAAAGUGAUCCUCACCACAGAGCCGAUGCCCGAGGAGGAGAAGAAGGAGGAGACCAAAAAGGAGGACAAGAAAGAGGACAAGAAGAAGGAUGACAAGAAGAAGGAGGACAAGAAGAAGGACGAUGGAAAGAAGGAGGAGAAGAAGGACGACAAGAAGAAGGAGGAGCCCAAGAAGGAGGAAGCAAAGAAGGAGGAGGAGAAGAAGGAGGAAGCGAAGAAGGAGGAGAAGUGAGAGGGAGGGAUGGAGAGUCGAGCAGACCUUUGUGUCCUGGGAGCUGGGGGUGUGGUGGGGGUGGCGUGUUAGUAAAGGUGGGAAGGAUUUGUUAUUGAUGUGAAAAUGGCAGCAGCAUUAUCAGUCUUUCUCCUCCCCUCCAUCACCUCUGGAGUCCACUGUGAUUACUCAGGCCUGACUCCGCCCACUUUCCCUCCAUCUUUCUCCAUUCUUCCUACUUUUUUUUCCCUGAUCAGAUAUCGAACACUAUUGGGAGUCACAGAGAGGCGUGGACUGGGUCCCCACCCUCCUUUCACACACCGACCGGCCGCACUCAGAGACCGGCACAAAGACGGGCAGAUAAGACAAAAGCCACACCCACCCACACGCCGCUCUUCCCGUGUCCGCUCCUUCGUUAUGUCACUGAGGAUGAGUCAGAUGGGCCUCCGAUUGGCUGAUCGUCUCCCCCGGAGACGCUUCCAUCACAGCCUUUAGUUAGUUAGAUAUUACCAACACCAUCGAAGUUCAUAUGCUCUCGCCUGAAUAUGAAUUUUGUCUCAUAAUGAGCCUUUUUGUGCGGCGCUGAAUAGAGAGGCAGAAAUGACUCCUCAGCUUCCUUUCCCUUAGUUACACAAAUGUUUCUAGCUGACCAACUGUUGGCAAGAAGUGCCCCGUGCCAAUUAACCGAGAAUUUGUUUCUGUCCAAACAAGCUGCAAGUGCGCACACAAACAUGCAGGCGAUGAAAGAGCCACUGUCGUUUUACAGACGGCGAAGGGCCUGAAAUGAGCGAGUUAAGAAGGUGAACGCGAGUUCUUCUUUUUCUCCUGGAGGCAUUCCGAGGCGCUCUGCUCCUUUCACAGCGACCUCCCGCCUGUCGAUCACUCUGACCUGAGAGAGGAGAAUUCAGCCCGAGCUGGUGUCCGCACUUUGCCUCACCACUCCUCUUUCUUUCUCUGUUUUCCUCUCUGCGGUCGGCAUAGCAACAGGCGUCAGGCUCAUCAGAGAUGGCACUGUGGUCUGUUCCUCCACCUCCCUUCCCUGCAUCUUUCUAUUCUCCUCUCCCAACUCUACAUUUAGUUGUUGGUGACAGUAUUUGAAUAAAAUCAGACAAAAGGAGAAUUCAAAAUGGAAAUGUUCUCACUUUUCACCGCAGCACACCGCUCCCCCUAUUGGAUGAGGAGAGUAUCCAUCACCGCCCCCCGUCUGCCCGUCUCUGAGUUCAGCCUCACAGUCAAGACUCAGAAGGUGACUAGUGAGUUUGUAUAAAAUAAAAAAAAAAUAAUAAAAAAAAUGAAAACAAACGGAAAAUAAUAAAAAAAACAGUUGAUGUGUUAGCAUGAGUGGCCCCCCCCACCCCCAUGUGCUGUGUGGUGUGCCGUUGUGUGUGAAGACGUGUGUGUCCUCAGGUCGUUUGUCAGGUUUUAAAAGCACCUACCCUGCCACACUUCCUCCUCACACUACUCUGCUACAGUCGCUUGUAGCUCCAAAUUCUCCCAUCAUCCUCCUCCAACCCCCCCUCCAAAAAAAAAAAAAAAACGUCUGAUAAGAGGCUUGUGUUAUUAGUAUUUUGCACUCCGGCUGAUCUUGAUGCACUUGUAAGCAUGGAAGUCGCACUCGUUUUCCCAUCAUCCUCUCCCGGCGUCUCUGAUUGGUCCAAGGGCGCCGGUGAGACUCAAAAAACGUGCGGCCGCCAUGCCGGCGUGCGGAGUGAUUGUGUCCCGUCAGCCUCCGGUUAGUGUUCUGUUCUAAUCUGCUGGGCUCCCUUUGUGAACCUGUGGACGGUGCUUCUCUUCAGAGUGCCAUGUGAGAAUCAAAUGCUUCAGUUAAGAAAAAAAAAAAAAGAAAAAUGUUUUACUUACUAUGUUAUUCAUGAUUUACCUUUUAUAUUUUUGUUAUCCGAGGGUUUAAAGUUCAAAGCUCAUACAGUGCUCUUUGUGUGGGGACCUGCACUCCUUUUAAAUGUGAUUUUUCUGUUGGUCUAAACCAUGUGUGCCAAACUGUAUGUAUAUUCUUCUGUCAAUGCUUCGAAUAUUAACAGUGCAUAAAAAGAUAUAAAGAAAAUUCUGACCUUUUUGGAUGCAUUUCCGUCGACCUUGAAGAGGAAAGAAAAAUGCAAAUUGUAGGUGUACAAGUUUUGUAUUCCAAAUGCUCAUGGGUGCUGACAGUGUUUUCCUGCGGUUUAUAAAAGGUGUGUUUUUGGACUUGUUGGAGUCUUGCUAAAGCUUACAUCUGCACUGUGCCUCCCUAUUUGCACAAAGCUUAUCUGAAUCCAAGGCCCUUCCUUUGUAUUUAUAUUAUUAAUACUGUGCUUGCAUAAAAAAAAA